UUUUACACACAAGGCGAUAAUAACGUUGGCACGGUCUUAUUUUCAAAAAGCGAUUUAGAAAAAAGAUGUUGGUCUUCAGAAGAAAUGGUACUAUUAAAUUCGCGAAAGAUAUUUCAACAAAUACUUCCAAGUAAAAGUUCUAUUGGAUUUAAAGACGAUGAAACUGUAGAUGACCUUGUUUUGUAUUUCCAAAUGGUACUUAGAACAGUAAAAAACAAAACAAAAGGCAGCAGUAAAAGUAGUAGAAUAAUUAUGAUGAAGGCAAUGGCAGAUACGCUUGGUGGUUAUUUAUACGCUUUUGUAUUGCCCUUGGCACGGUCUGCAUUCUAUGCUGGUGUCAUAAAAUUUGAAAGUAUUCAAAAGCUAAAUCAUAUUUUUAAAGAAAUUAAAUUUUUUUUAAAAACCAAUGGGGAAGGUUGGAAGAAUCCUGAUAGCCAAGUGGAAUGUACAGGAGCUGUAGGACUACCUUUAAAACCUCCCCAUGGCAAACUGGACCCUUGUGAAGGUUUAAUAUACCAAAAACUUGAGAGAGGGCACAAAGAGGCCUGCUAUGAAAUCCCAAUGCCCAUUUUGGAUAGUGCAAUAGAGCCAUCCGCAAUUGCUAUUCCUUUUAAAACGUAUUCUUUACGGAAACUAGAAUCAUCCUCGUCAGCUUAUAUCCUAGUUAAGUAUUAUGUAGCAACGAUGAGAUGUUACAUGUCGAUAAAAGCCGAGCCUUGCUGCAUAACAAGGUUCCACAAAAGGCUUCAACACUGGCUAAACACUCACGUUUUGCCGCACAUUCACGAUCCAAAAACUUAUGCUGCAUUUGGAGGAAUCUACAGAGUUAUGGAAACAAUAAAACAGUUUGGUGAUGGUGCUGUUGAACAAAGGAGAAACGCAUCUAAACACAAGGGCUCAUGUAGUUAUGGAACUGAAAAAAAUAGUAAAAACAACAUCAUUCUUGUUGCUUUGCUGGCUACAAUUUUUGUAUGGUUCCUUAUAGGAUCAAUUUUUAUUUGUUUAAGAUUAAAGUCAGCCAAAGGGGGUGAAUCAUAUAAUGUAGAAAUUGGCACCUCCACUUCCUGUAAAACAUCUUCAACUUCCGCAAAAAUAGGUAAAAGGACCAACCAAUCAAAACCGACCUGUACAUCGCAAUUUUCCACACGAACUUCUUCCAGAUCCCCAUAUUCAUCAACUACAAGAAGAAGCAGAAGUAGAAGUAAAUGCAGAGCGCCCUGUAUAAAACCAUACACUUCUGCUGUAUGUUACCGACAACAACAAACACAGUCUCCUUCAAUUAUGACCUCCUGUAGGAAUAGAAGUCGCUCCAGUACCCCAAGAAGACAACAAACAGGCCACUCGAAAGAAAUAGCAGGAAAUAAGGGUUAUCAAAAAGUAUUCACAACAGGUGUUGCAAUGGUUCAAACCAAAGGGUUUGGAGAAAAGAAUGAUUUAGAUGAUUAUGUGGACGAUGCUGAAGAAGUUACUAAUGAAAUCGACGAUUUUGAUUUUACUUUAGACGAAAGUGAAGAUGAUGACGAGGAAGAACAAGAAGAGGAGGAAGAAGUUGAUGAUGAUGAUGAUGACGAUGAAGAAGAAGAGGAAGAAGAAGAAGAAGAAGAAGAAACGACUACGUUUCAGGGAAUCCCAGAAAAUGAGCAAACAAAUUUAAAUGACGAUUUUCCAACGACACAAACAUCUGAGACGUCUUUUAGACUUUUAUCAGAAGAUAAUAUUUUAAAUCAGAAAAACAACAAAGGAAGCAGUUUCUUUUAAGAUAUCCUACUAUUCUACAAUUUUAAUAUAUUAUAUGGUGUUUUACGACAAUUUAACUAAAUAUAUUGUUAAAUGAA